ACAGCACAUUGACAUUAUUUUCUACUAUCUUCGUAAGAAAAUAAUGUACUCAGCCGAGCCGAAAAUCAAAGUCACCACAACUGAUUGCCUUUUUUGUUCUAGCAUAACAAGUUUGUAUGAGAAGUUUGUUUAGAAAAACAACGAUAUAUCGGUGUUGUCUCUUUCUCACAAUGUGGCCCAGUACAUCCAAGGUGGUAAGAUAUUAUGUGCCACUCCUUGGCAUUUGGUUGAUCAUUGUGUUAUGCCUAUCAAUGUAAAAUUACAGGAUCAUUGGAUUUGUGGUCGUCUAAACAUAGUUGACAGGCGGAUAUAUCUGUACAAUUCAUUGCGUUCUGGAAGGUAUAUGACAGCUGCAAAAGAGGCUUGCAAGCCUUUUUUUGUUAUUUUACCAUAUUACUUCUCUAUGUUAGACUUCAAAGGCCUUCGCAACAAAGCUAAGUUUAGCACGAUGGAACCGUUCCCUAUUGUUGUUGUUGAUGGUUUACCCGAGCAGGUCACAGCUGAUUGUGGUGUUUUUGUAGCAUCAUUUGCUGAGUAUUUCAUUGAUGGCAAACCCAUCCCAUCCUCUGGUUUUGAUGUGGAAAUUCACCGCGAUCGUUUGGCUGUGUUAUUUUAUCAUUAUGGCAUGAAGAAGCAACUUGAGAACAUUGAAAGUGAAUCCGAGGCCCCUCCCAGCCUUCCCAAGAAGUGAUUUGUUUUUUCAAUCAGACUGUCAUUGUUCUUAUGGUUUUUUAAUGUUGUUUUUAUGUUUUUUUAUGUUGUUUUCGAAAACAAACAUUGGUGUUCUGCUAUGUUUUCUUACGUUUUGUGUGGACAAUAUGUAAUCUUUAUUUUUGUAUGUUUUUUUUUCUUCUUCUUAUGUACAAACAAGUUGUUAUGUUAAAUUUGUUAGUAUUUUCAUUUCACAUCCCUUCUUUUUAUGUUUUUUUUCUUAUAGUUUCUCUGUUUUUUUGAAUACAAAUAUUCAUUUCAUUAUUAAAAACACAAACUGUUUCAAUAAUAAACUUCAUAUAUAUAUAUUCAAUUUAGUAUCCAACAUCUUUUAAUAUCUAAUCUAAAGUAUCAUCAAAUCCCAAUGUAAUCAAUGUUUUCAAAUAAAAACUGUAUUCCCUUUGUAUUUCAGAAAUUUAAAUUCCUCAAUAUGUCAUUCUCAAAGCGUAUGUGUAGUUUUCUUUUGUUUUUCCACUGUUGUUCUGUUGUUGUUUUUAUUCCCUUCUACGUCUUCUGAUGCAUGUUCUUUUGUUAUGCCCCAGUUCACCACAUUUGCUGCACUUGUUGUGUUGAUCCUUUUCUCUUCCAGCCUUCCUUCUUAAUAUUUUUGGUCUUCCUGAUUUUACUCUUUCAUGCGGAGGCAAGACUAUA